AUGGCCAUUGGCCUGUCUUCGUCUGGUGGCAGUGGCCAGUAUCUCAUGUCGGCGCUACCACUCCCACCACGACAACAACAACAACAAUCAAACCAAGCAAGGCUGUCUUCUACGUUCAGCAGCAGCCAUCAACGAAAAACUACCAUGAGGGCCAAUGUCUUGAUUGCCGUCGCAGCCGUGGUAUCGCUACGACCCAUUAUGACCAUGGCCGAAGGAAGAACGGCGCGGGAAGAAGAACCUCCACAAAGCAAAAUUUGGAAAUAUCCCAAUGGAAAAUCGUGUCCUUACUACGGUUGUCCCUUGUUUCCCAUUGAUGUUGUGAAAACUCCAGCCAAUCAUCAACAUCAUCAGCGACUUCAUGCUCCCGAAGCUCUGGAAAGUCUCUCGGAAAUUCGCAACAAGACACGACAAGAAAUCCAACCACCCGUGGAACGAACGUUAUCCACGGCUGCCACGCACGAUAUGGCCACCAUUACCAUGACGGGGUACAAGGGAGGAUCCGUAGCCACACAAAUCAAUCAAGACAGAGCCUUUGUGGUGGGACCCUAUUAUAUUACUACUGAUGAAAAUGAAAAUACAAAUAAUAGUACCGAACGGCGAUUAUUGGGAGUGUUCGAUGGACACGCGGCGCGUGGUGAAAUUGUGUCGGAAUAUGCCGUGCAACAAAUUGGUCCCUUGCUGGCACAAAAAUUACAGGCCGCAUUGGACACGGCUGCUCCCAACAAUGUCCAGGACGAUGAGAUCUCCACCACCAAACGCGUCUUGCACGAAACCUUUGUCGAAUUGGAUCAAACGGCACCCGCCGAUCCUACGGGAGGAUGUACCGCAUCGGUUGUAUUGUUGCAAGGGCAACACGUCUAUAUUGCCAAUGCGGGAGAUUCCCAAUCCAUCAUUGGCAUUUAUCGCAAAAAGACACAACAAACAUCCAUUGUCUACAUUAGUCGAGAAGACAAACCCAGUUUGCCAGACGAACGUCAACGAGUCGAAGAUAUGGGAGGAUACGUCUACAUACCCGUGCGAGGGACUUCGAGGGUCGUUUAUGUCAAUCCCCGCACGGGAGCACAAACUGGAUUGGCCAUGAGUCGGAGUCUUGGUGACUGGGCCUUUGGAAAAUUGGGGGUCAUUCCCGAUCCCAUUGUCGAUGUGUUGAACAUUCCCGACGUUGUACAACAGGAAUUGGCCAAAUCACGGGCCGAUGUAUCGGAUUGUUGGGAAAUUGAUGACGAUGGUGUUAUUCAACGCAGCAAAAAUAAGAACGACAAAGAAUGUCAAUCGCAGUCGGAACCACCGGCAUCCGGUGAUGACGACGAUGAUGUGCACAUUUUUGCCGUGUCGGCCACGGAUGGAAUGCUCGAUUAUGUGAACAAGGAGGGCAUUGCACAAGUUGUAGCACAGUCCUUGUUUGAAGAACAGGGGUUGCAUCCCGCCACGGCUUGUGAACUGCUCGUCACCACGGCCGCACAGGGAUGGGAUACCUACAGACAGGGGAGGUAUCGGGAUGACAUUGCCAUUGCCGUAUCGACACUGAGAGUACCCGCUUCAGCAGCAACAGCAUCGUCGUCGUCCAAGGAAGCAUCACAAAAAGAAGAAUUGUAG